AAUGGCUUUGUGCCACUUGGGCUAUUUCGGGGCUGUCCGCUGCUGUUCGGGCCGUGUCGGGAUGUUUGGCCAUGUCAGUACAAGGUGGGGGUUGUUUGGGGCUGUCAGUGGCUGCUUUGGGUGGUUUGGGCAUCGAGGGGCUGAUCCAUGGCUGUUUGGGAGCCGUUCUCUGGGCAUUUUGGGGUCAUUCUGGGAUGGCUUUGGUGCCAUGUGCACCAUUUUUAGGCCGUUCAGGCCCAUGUAGGGCUGUGCUGGGGUCAUUUGGGGGUCAUGUUGGGGUCAAUUUGUAGUUAUUUGAAAGCCAAUUGUGUCCAUUUUUCGGCCCACCAGGUCCGUUUCCGUUCAUUUUGAGCUGUUCUGGGGCGCUUUGGGUCACCCUUGUGCUUUUUGGGUCAAUUGUGGGGCCUUGUGGAUUCACCCUGAAUCGAUGUGGGGCCAUUCUGAUGCCUUUUGAGCCAUUCCGGGGCCAUUUGUGUCCAUUUGAGCCUGCUUCAUAUCUGGGUCGCUUUAAGGCAGUUUUGGUCAAUUUGUUCUGAUUUGGGGCAUUCUGGGACUGUUCCUGUCUCUUUUGAGUCUCCUUGCUGCCAUUUCCAUGCAUUUUGGGCAGUGUGUCCCCACUUGGGGGCCAGUUGCGUCUGUUUAGCUCCAUUUGGUGCAUUUUAGGUGGAUCUGGAUCUUUCAGCUAUGGAUGCUGAUAAGGCACGAUUUUACUUUUACUCCCUUGUGAUACUUAAAGUCAUGUUCAACGCCCCUCUCUCGCUCCCAGCUCCUUUCCCUCCCGCCCACUCUCCCAGCUCCCAGAACAGGACGGGCAGAUCUCAGCUCCACGAUCCAACACUUCCACACUGUGGCAACUGGAGAGCAACAAUCAGAUACGCCACAGCAGGAAGCAAUGCUGUAUUCCCAUGGAGAAGAAAAACAACAAGAAAACCAAUGGGGCUGCAAAAGGAAUGUGGGCAGAAGGAAAACCGCCCUGUUGCUCUUUGUGAGUGGAGUGCUGGUGGGCGUCAUCGUCACGCUGGUGCCUGUGAUAGUGCUCCAGCAUCUGUUGCGGUCAUCUCACCCACACUUCUCCUACGUGUGCCCCGACGCCUGGGUCAGUUUCCAAGGGAAAUGCUAUUAUUUCUCGGACACAGAGAGUGACUGGAACAGCAGCAGGGAGCACUGCCAGCGCCUCGGAGCUUCCCUGGCCACCAUAGACACCAAGAAGGAGAUGGUGAGAGCGGGGCGUGAGCCCCAGUACCAGUCCGCUCAUCAAGGUCCGGUGCCCCCCAAUUUGCCCCAUGCCAAAGCCAUGAGGAGAUGCCUUUGUGGAAAGCAGCAGGCUGCGCAGGGACAGUGUCCCGUCCUCAUCUCCCCCCUCCCUGCACCCACCCGGCGCUGUCCUGAGCCGCGCAGCUCCAGGGGGAGGUCUUUGUCCACGCCAUUCCCAACACAGCAU